GGGUACCGUUCACUAACGUUACGAGUGUCAAAGAAAUUGUCGAUAGCAUGAUGUAGUCAUCCCUGCUGUGUUAUUUUUGAAGAAACCAAAACGAAAGUAGAUCAACCUAACGUUAGAUCUCAAUUAUGGAGAAAGAUAGCAAAUGUACGAAACUUGUUGUUGCUGCAAUUGACUUUGGCACAACGUUUUCCGGGUAUGCCUUCUCUUUGAAAAAUGAAUGGGGACGUGUGUUUGCUAAUCAAUGGAGUGGCGGAACCCUGAUCUCUAGCAAGGCCCCAACAUGUCUACUCUUGAAGGAGGACUUCACUGAAUCUUUAUUUGGAUACGAGGCUGAGGACAAAUACUCAAUAUUGACAUCAGAAGAAAGUCACGGCGACUAUUUUUUCUUCCAAAGAUUUAAAAUGAUUCUUCAUCAAGAUGUUGAUGUAAAGCGGCAUAUUUUGUGUUAUGAUAUUGCAGGCAAACCUCUAGAGGCAGGUUUGGUCUUUCAACAUUGCAUCAAGUGUCUGAAGAAUUAUCUGUAUAAACAGAUAGAGAAAAGUUUUUUAGGCACUCAUGAUGGUGACAUUGAAUAUGUGUUGACAGUUCCAGCUAUAUGGGGAGACAAGGCCAAAAUGUUUAUGAGAGAAGCUGCAGUAAAGGCAGGAAUUAAAGAGGAUAAUUUGACAAUAGCACUGGAGCCAGAAGCAGCGUCUAUCUACUGCCAGUAUUUAAAGAUUGCUAAAGAGGACACAUUAUCUCCAUCGUUAGGUGUUGUGACACCAGGUACAAAGUACAUGGUAACAGAUCUUGGAGGAGGAACUGCUGAUAUAACAGUGCAUCAAAAAUGUGAGGAUAAUACUCUGGAGGAAGUUCUUCCUGCAAGUGGAGGGCCAUGGGGAGGAAAAGCUGUAGAUGAUCAGUUCAUGAAUUUUUUAUCAGAAUUGGUUGGUAAAAAGGUGUGGGAUGAAUUCAAAACGAAGCAUAUGGAAGAUUAUCUUGAUAUCAUGAGAAGUUUUGAAACUAAGAAAAGAACAAUUGUUCCGGGGAAAAGUGGAAAAACUCGAAUGCCAAUACCACAAGCGCUUGUAAAAUUGUCCAUGAAGUCUCAUGGCGUCAAGAGUUUCAAAGAUGUUAUUCAGAAAAGUGAAGUCCAUAAAAGUAAUGUGGAUCAUCAGACUGGAAAACUUAUAUGGGAUAAUGACUUUUUCAGGGGGUUCUUUAAGAAAACUAUUGAUGGAAUAGUGAAACAUAUUGAUGAAAUAUUUCAGGAAAAUGAGGCAAAAAAUGUUGGAUUCAUUGUUAUGGUUGGCGGCUUUUCUGAGUGUUUGCUGGUCCAGGAUGCAAUUAAGAAACAUUUUGGUAAACUCUCUAUCAUCGUACCUGAAGAGGCUGGGAUGGCUGUAUUAAAGGGCGCCGUCUAUUUUGGACACAUCCCUGAUGCUAUCUCGCGUAGAUCAGCAAGAUACACAUAUGGAAUUCAGACAUGGCCCGAAUUUAGAGAAGGGUAUCAUCCAAAAGAGAAAAGGGUCGAAAUUGGAAAAUCAGUUCGGUGUCGAGAUGUCUUCUUCAAGAUUGUUACCAAAGGGGAAAAGGUCAUGCCAGGGUAUAUGAAGUCCCAAAUAUUUCAAGCCCUGCAUAACAACGAAAACCUUUUAGAUUGUGGGGUGUUUGUUUCAGAUAAAAAGAACCCAAAGUAUAUAGAUGAUCCAGAAUGCAGGCUGCUUGGGCAUCUUCAGGUCCCACUAAAUGCAGAGAAGCAGACCCUUGAAACGCUAAUUGAGGAGACACUGAUUUUUGGAGAGACUGAAUUGAAAUUUAAAGCAAAAGAUGUAUAUUCUGGUAUGCAGUGUGAGGUCAUCUUUGAUCUGUUAAAAGAUUGAUAUAUUGUUGUAAGUUGUGAGCAAAAUACAUGUAUUUAGAAUAUAAUUAAGACCAUUUUCUGAAAACAUGCAAAUUGAAAGAUUACCAUAGAAAACUUCCAAAUGUUAUCAUUUUGCACUAUCACUAUGAAAGAGUUAUCAUAUUGCACUAUAAAUAUCAAAUUUUAUUUAGUUAUAUGCUACAUAUGAACCUUAAAAGAUACUUUUUUACUAUAGCUUCAUUUCAUGGAAUGACAUCUGCCUUUUCAUCAUUUAUUUCAUCCCUCUUUAAGGUUUUCUAAAGUAUCAAUUAAUAAAAAGGUACAAUUACAAGUUGAAAUACAAUGUGUUUUAUGAGAACAUUAUUUUUUAGACCAUUUUUAUACCAGUUCAAAAACCAUAAAACAUUUUUUUUAAGUUUUUAAGUUUUAAACAAAGCACAAGGCUCUUAAUAAAUAAUUUCGCUGUAUGUUUUCGUUAAUGUAUUGCAAUGACUACGUGCUCUUGUCAUAUAAGACGUAGAAUUGAGAAAUAUUAAAUGAAACUGAAGAGAGAUUGAGUCCAUGUUUAUUUUCAGUUUUGUAUUUUAAUAAACUGCUCAAUAGGAUAUUGUGCAUUCAUUGCAAUGACUACAUGCUCUUGUCAGAUAUGACGUAGAAUUGAGAAAAAUUAAAUGAAACUGAAGAGAGAUUGAAUCCAUGUUUAUUUUCAGUUUUGUAUUUCAACAAACUGCUCAAUAACAUAUUGUGCAUUCAUAUCAAUUUUUAUGGACUUUAUGUUGCUUAUGUUUAUUGAUUGCUGCCUGUGCUAAAUGUUAUUACCAGUAUGUUCUAUGCUAUACAGUAUUUUAUUUUGACUUUUUAAAUGAGUUUUAUCAUUUAUUGGUAUCAUCAGCCUGUUCCAUUCUUUCAGUUGUUACAUAUCUGUGAUAGAUGACGGACUAUCUGUGGGACUUUGAUUAACUGUUUUAUAUUUACAUCUACCGAGUAUUUUCAUCUCUAUUUCUUCAGAAAAUCGAUUAAAUGUAAUUCACAGCGCUGUAUAUUACGACUGGGUUGAAAACUACACGAUUCAGAUCUAACCAGUUUAUCGAUGGUCGAAACCUUCAGCAACAUAAGAUAAAUCACGGACUGCUCGAAAUAAUCAUGAUGAUAUCGGAAUCAAAUUUCCAGAUAAAAUGAUUAGGCUAUUUCUUUUAUCUAACGUACUGAUGUAUGUUAACAGUAAUUUAGUUACUUUUACUUGCUCUUUACGAUCGAUUUAAUUAUAUAUUAAAAUAAAGAUGUAAAUAUAAUAAAUAUGCUUUCGUUGAUGAUUCAUGCAGAUUAUUUCAGAAAAAAAUUACAUAACCCGCUAAUGCGGGUUUUGUUUUUCUAUAAUGUCACUACCUUUAGAUCCCGCAUGAUUUACCAAAGAAAACAUUCUUAAAUUUUGUUGUUUAAAUGUAGACUAUACAAGUCCAUGUACCAUGGACUAUUUUAAGUGCCAGUGGCCAAUUCCCUUGGCUGGUCUAGUACGUAAUUUUUUCUUAGGUUUAAAGGGAUGUUAUUUAUUUUGAUUGAUGAGGAUGUUAAUAUAUGAAAUACACAAUAAUCGGACGUUGCGAAUUCUAAUUAUUCCACAGAAGUAAAAUUUUAUCUUGAGUUUACUCUGGGAAUAAUGUCUAUGUAAUUUCUACAUGUAGGAGUGUGUGGGUUAGAGAAAUUCAUUGGAGAAUGUUGUUAAAGUGUAAAUUUUCUACAAUUUGAUGCAUUUUAUAAGUUCAUUUUCACCAAGCAUAUUAUUUCAGUCUCCCAAAUAUAUAUACAUAUAAUACAUUUCUUUGAUGUAUUUUUUUUUUCAUAUUGUUUUGUGAUUGAAAAAAUUUAGAAUUCUUUUGAUUUUCCUUUAUUUGAAAAUAAAACAUAGAUGAUAUUAAAUAAAUGUACAGUACUUGUU